AUAAAUGUAGCAUGAUUCUCUAGCUUUGGAAAUUAUCCCAGUCUUCGACUCACAAAUUAAAGGCUCAAAUAUCCUCCACACAAAACUAAAAAAUAGCAAGUAUGGAUAACCAGAAAAUUCACAUGAAUGGAGGUGAUGGCCCUAAGAGCUAUGCUAAAAAUUCUGAAUUCCAGAAACAACUAGUUGGACAUUCGAAGAAAUUAAUCGAUGAGUUGAUUGACCAGCAGCUUGAUGUGGGAAUAAACCCUCAUUUUGAUCCUUGUAACCCAUUUCGUAUUGCAGAUUUUGGGUGCUCUAUCGGACGAAACACCUAUCUUGCAGCUCAAAAUAUAAUUGAAGCAGUGGAACAAAAGUAUAAGCCUAAUGAAGAAGACCAAGAGAACCCUCAAUUAGUACCAGAAUUCCUUGUGUUCUUUAAUGAUCUAGUCCAAAACGAUUUCAACACUCUUUUCAAUUACAUAGAUAGCAACAAACCAAACUACUUCAUUGCAGGAGUCCCAGGUUCUUUCCAUGGACGAGUAUUUCCAAAGGCCUUCCUACACUUUGCCCACAGCUCUACGGCACUACUAUAUCUGUCAAGGAUUCCCGAAAAAGUCAUGGAUAGAAAGUCAGCAGCAUGGAACAAGGGAAGAAUUCAUUACAGUUGCAGUGGGGCAGCAAAAGAAGUAGAGGCAGCAUAUUCAAAUCAGUUCAGAAAAGAUAUAGAAUCCUUUUUGGACGCAAGGGCUGAAGAGCUGGUUCCUGGAGGAUUAAUGGUGAUCAUAACUCUUGGUCUUCUUGAGGGAGUGCUUCCUUCUGAGUGUGCCAUGGGGGUCGCUUUCAGCAUUCUUGGAUCUUGCCUACAUGAUAUGGCCAGCAUGGGCACUGUAUCUGAAGAAAAGUUGGACUCUUUCAACCUUCCAUACUAUUACACAUCUCAAAUGGAAUUGGAAACACUGAUAAAGGCACAUGGAUGCUUUGACAUCGCAAGGUUUGAGAAGCUGCCUUCUCCACUGAGGCAAGUUGUACAUGAUGUCCAAACUGUAGUCUUAUCUAUACGAGUAGUGACAGAGGCACUAUUUGAGCAACACUUCGGGAAAGACAUUACUGAGGAAUUGUUUCGACGUUGCGCUGAGAAGUUUGAAUCACAUCCAGUUAUAUACGAUGAUAAAUAUCGAACAGAGGCCAGCUACUUUGUGUUUCUCAAGCGUAAAACCAAAACAUCCAAAUCAGGAACCUAG